AUGGCUUUCCCAGGUGAGACAGUCACCAGCACAGCUCCCAAGUCACCACCAGGGAAGCGGCUGACACAGGGGUGUGAGAGAGGGCCGCUUGAGGUGACCGUGCAGGAAGAUGAGUAUGAGAAGGACUCCUCUGAUGAAGAGGACAUCCGGAAUACUGUGGGGAACAUCCCUAUGGAGUGGUACAAAGAUUUCCCUCACAUCGGCUAUGACCUGGAUGGGAAGAAGAUCUUUAAGCCCCUGAGGAACAAGGACCAGCUGGAGGAAUUUCUGGACAAAAUGGAGAAUCCGGAUUACUGGCGGACCGUACAUGACAAGAAGACCGGCCAGGACAUAAAGCUGACGGAUGACCAGGUGGAUCUCGUUGAGCGACUGCAACGAGGACAGUUUGGAGACGUGAACUUUGACCCUUACCAGCCGUCGGUGGAUUUCUUCACCCAUGAGACCAUGAUCCACCCGGUGACUAAUCGACCAGCUGACAAACGGAGCUUCAUCCCGUCCCUUGUCGAGAAGGAGAAGGUUUCUAAGUUGGUUCACGCGAUAAAGAUGGGCUGGAUUCGUCCCCGUAAGCCUCGAGAGGAUGCCCCCAGUUACUAUGAUCUGUGGGCUCAGGAAGACCCUAAUGCCAUCCUGGGGAGGCACAAAAUGCACGUUCCUGCCCCCAAACUCCCCCUUCCUGGGCACGAGCAGUCGUACAACCCCCCUCCGGAAUACCUGCAGAGCGAGGAGGAGAGAUUGGCCUGGGAGCAGCUGGAUCCUGAGGACAGAAAGUUACCCUUCCUGCCCAAGCAAUAUGGCUGCCUGCGCGCAGUUCCCGCGUAUUCUCGCUUCAUACAUGAACGAUUUGAGCGCUGUCUGGACCUUUACCUGUGUCCUCGGCAGAGGAAGAUGAGGGUAAAUGUGGAUCCUGAGGACCUGAUCCCCAAACUGCCCAAACCCCGAAACCUGCAGCCGUUCCCGACCACACAGUCUAUGGUGUUUCGUGGACACACGGACCUUGUGCGCUGUAUCAGCGUCUCGCCCAGCGGACAGUGGAUCGUCUCAGGGUCUGAUGACUGUACGGUGAGGUUCUGGGAAGUCUGUUCCGGUCGCUGUAUGAAAUCGCUGUCUCUGGACGGGGCCAUUAAGAGCGUGAGCUGGAACCCGAACCCAGCUCUGGUCCUGGUGGCCGCGUGCGUGGAGCGCUCAGUCAUCAUAUUUAACCCAGGACUUGGAGACCGUCAUCUAUGCAGCACCACCGAUCAGCAUGUGGCGGCGUACCAGGCUCCGGAGGAGGAGAGGAAGCAGCCGGUGACCUGGCAGGCCGCAGAGGGAGCAGAGUACGACCAGGGGCAGCGGCUCCGCAUACAACACGAAAAGGCGGUGAAGCAGGUGACCUGGCACGGGCGAGGUGACUAUUUUGCAGUGGUUAUCCCGGAUAAUGGAAGCUCUCAGGUCCUCAUACACCAGCUCAGCCAGAGGCGAAGCCAGAACCCCUUCCGCAAAAGCAAAGGCCAAGUCCAGCGGGUUCUGUUCCAUCCCACUCGCCCCUUCUUUUUUGUGGCCACCCAGAGACACGUCCGGGUCUACAAUCUGCUGAAACAGGAGCUAUCCAAGAAACUGCUCGCCAACUGCAAGUGGAUCUCCAGCAUUGCGGUGCACCCCGCGGGUGACAAUCUGAUCUGCGGAAGUUACGACUCCAAGCUGGCCUGGUUUGAUAUGGAUCUAUCCACAAAACCGUACAAAGUGCUCCGACACCACAGGAAAGCCCUGAGGGCCGUGUCGUACCACAGACAGUACCCGCUCUUCGCCUCCGGAUCAGAUGAUGGUAGCGUGAUCGUGUGCCACGGCAUGGUGUACAACGACCUUCUGCAGAAUCCUCUCAUUGUACCGGUGAAAGUCCUCCGAGGACACGAGAUUACCCGAGACCUGGGCGUCCUGGACGUAGUCUUUCACCCAACCCAGCCCUGGGUCUUCUCCUCCGGAGCUGAUGCUACUGUCAGAUUAUUCACAUAACGCAGAUCUCCGCCCCAGUCACUGUAUCUGAUCGCAGCUUCCUGAUGGCGAGACGGUGGAACCAGCUGACCAGCGUGUCACCAUUUUACCGACAACCUGUGACGUGUCCACCUCCCCUGUAUAACAUAUGGCAGAGAGAAUAUUCUGGGACUUGUAGUUGUACAACAUCUGCAGAGCCUCCUGCUGUGUGAUCCUGGUAUAAGGACAGAACUCUAUAUAUUUGUAUGGGGUCAGAUAGUCAGCACGUUUAUAAUAAAAGAACAGUAUGCCUGUG